AGAUGGCGCUUUUGUCGAAGAUUUGACAGCUUUUUGACAUUCCGCCUUUCGCUCUCAGUGUUUUCUAAAGAAUUUUACCGGCUUUUUGCCCCGCGAAUUCCUUAUUUAUUGUGAAAUAAUUAUUGAUUUAGACAGUGCCAUGGACAGGAGGACAGCUUUGGCUAUAGAUGACCUGCAGCUGGCUUUCCAGAAGAUGCAAUUUCACGUUGAAACUCACAAUAAUCUUCUCCUCUUUUGGGCAAAGCAAGUGGCUGCAGGAUGUGAUAUAGUGACAAAUGAAGCUGCAUCAGAGGCGAUCUUGAAGGAUCUCACUGCUGUUCUCAAUGCAGUAAACAUUUUCAAUUCAGCCGCUUCAAUGGUGCAAUUCUCCAAUGUUUCACUCAUUCAGCCACACCACGACACACGCGGAUCUGCAGCUCUGUCCGGCAGUGUUGAAUCGGAAUGUGCUGACUCGCCAGAAGAGGCACAAAAUGCCGAAGAUCGAACAACGUUGUACGAUUAUGCAAAAAUUCAGCUGAACGUGGGGGAUAAGGGGAAGUGCAUUCUGUCCACUGUGGUGGAUGAUCAGGAAGGAAUCUCCUACAUUACCAUCUCAACGGAGGAGAAUUCCAAACUUUUCAACGAUCUGAAGGAGAAUUGCGAGACAAAUGGGCAGUACCAGUGGACACCACCAUCCAAUACAAUCUUUGGCUAUCAUGAUCCAGCUGAAGGGCUCUUCUUCCGCGCAAUUUGCGUCAAUAAUAGCCGAAAGUUCUCCGCAACGAGCAUUGAUAUAUUUCUGGUUGAUUUUGGGCAGUACACAAAGAUGAAUACUCAUGGGCCCUUUUACAUCCUUUCCGGGGACUUUAGCACCCUCCCGGGACAAGCUAGACUCGCUUGUAUUGAUAAAAUUGACGCUGUGCCAUUCAAUGAGAGACCCCACACAGUCACAGAACUAGCCAAUCAGGGAAAAUGGGAUUUCUGCGUAACGGCGGUUUCUGGGGAGCUUCUGCACAUCAGCAUAACGUCAGAAAUGAAUAAAAGUUUGAGCUGCAACUCAGAGGCUUCCGAUGAUGCGAAUGUCGUCAUUGAUCCCCCUAAUGGGUGGUCUGGGGGCAACAACAGCAGCAUCAUUGAUCCCCCAAAUGGAUUUGCAUCCGACGAGGAGGGAGCUGUUGGCUACAAUAACUACAAUGGAGCUCUGAGUCUUCCUCCUGCUCCAUCAAGUCCCAUCGAAAACAACAUUCCGGAUAAUUUUAGAGCAGAAAAUACCUCUGCAAAGAUUACAGGGAUUGAUGCUUUCCUACAGCAGGAGGAAGAGGAAGAGGAGGAAUUCCAUGGAACAUCCAACGCACUAAAGGCUGUUUUGGGAUAUGUGCCCAAAGAUGAUCGAGAUUACUGCAAAUUCUACGAUCCCAAGACUCUGGGAUGCUUCAAGGGUGGUCACUGCCAUAAGAUUCAUUUGCCAAAGGAUGAGAGUGGCUACACGCAGGACACACGUCCGGCAAAGAUUAGCAUUCCCAGUGCCCCAAUUCCCACAGUUGGCACGGAAGUUACGGGCAUUGUGACGUGUGUGGUUAAUCCGGAGAUCUCCUACGUGCACCUGGAGGUGAAUGAUGUGGUGCAGCUCUUCCUGAUGAAUGACAAAAUCGACUACAUGGUCAAGGCGAAUGAGCUGCAGUCGCCAAAGUUCAAACCGGAGAAGUUUGACUUGAUAACAGCUCACUUCGAGGGGCAUUGGUACAGAGCGCAGGUUGUGGACUUUCCGGGAGGGCAGAAAUUCCGUGUUCGUUACGUUGACUACGGGAAUACGUGCGUGAUCACGCGGAAGGAUAUGCGAAUGUGGUGCUCUGAAUUCGAUCAUUUGCCCUUCUUUGCGCACCGAGCGCGUCUUGCCAAUGUGAGCACCAUUAAGGGAAGGAUUGUGGAUGCCACCAAAUUCCUCCAGAACACCGUCAUUGAGAACAAUGUCAACGAACUGAAGAAGAUCAUAAUCAAAAUUAUUGCGGUCGAACCAGAGCUGGAGAUAACCAUUAUGGAUUCCCAAGGAUUCGACAUUGGUGAGCAAAUGGUGGCUCUAGAACUUGUGAAUCAUCGUAAAGUUUAAAAAGUAAAACACCAAAAAGAUUUUCUUUGAUUUAUUCCUUUAAUUGUGGAAUCAUCAAAAAAGGGAGUUAAAAUUGAAGAUAAAAGUGCCAAAAAUGAAUUACAAAAUAGCGUACUGCUCAUAGAGGAGCUGACGUAUCCUGAAAUACUCUUCGGAAAGCGCCCCUUCAAUCAAUACCUUUCCCGUGUCCAACUGAAAUCAAAAAAAUAUUUUUUUAAAUGAAAUAAAAGACGAUUAAAGAGUUA